ACCUUUCUUCUUCUUCUCUCUUCAUUAAGACCAAAAUCUUUUUCUCUUCGUCUUCAUGCAUGAACCCUAACUAAGUUCUUCUUUUCCAAUCUCUUACAAGAACUUUUAGAUCACCAUAUGAACUCGAUGAAUAAUAACUGGCUAGGUUUUUCUCUCUCUCCGUAUGACCAGAAUAUACACCGUAUGUGCGUCGACUCUUCCACCGACACUGACACAACAGCCGUAGAUGUCGCGGGGGAGUACUGUUACGAUAUGACUGCUGCCUCUGUUGAGUCUUCAGCCGUUCGAACAUCGUUUCCUUCUCCUUUUGGUGUAGUCCUCGAUUCCUUCACCAGAGACAACAAUAGUCACUCCCGAGAUUGGGACAUCAAUGGUGGUGCAUGCAAUAACAUCCACAGUAAUGACCAAAAUGACCCAAAGCUUGAGAAUUUCUUCGGCCGCACCACCACGAUUUACAACACCAGCGAAAAUGGUGGAGAUGGAAAUGGUGGUCGUGGAGGAGGAGACGAUUCUGGUGUCUCACUAGGCCUUUCGAUGAUUAGGACAUGGCUGAUAAAUCAGCCGGUGUCUAAUAUGGAUCAUCAAGACAAUAAUGGUACUGGUGCAAGAGGCUUGUUACUAUCUAUGAACUCUUCUACUACUUGUGAUAGCAGCACCUACAACAAUGGUAAUGUUGUUCGACAAGAGAAGACAAUUGUUGAUAGCGUAGAUGCUACACCGAAGAAAACUACUGAGAGUUUUGGACAAAGAACGUCUAUAUAUCGCGGUGUUACAAGGCAUCGGUGGACAGGAAGAUACGAGGCACAUUUAUGGGAUAAUAGUUGCAAAAGAGAAGGCCAAGCUCGCAAAGGAAGACAAGUUUAUUUGGGAGGUUAUGACAAAGAAGAAAAAGCAGCUAGGGCUUAUGAUUUAGCCGCACUCAAGUAUUGGGGAACCACCACCACUACUAAUUUCCCCAUGAAUGAAUAUGAGAAAGAGGUAGAAGAGAUGAACCACAUGACGAGGCAAGAGUAUGUUGCCUCUCUGCGCAGGAAAAGUAGUGGUUUCUCUCGUGGAGCAUCGAUGUAUCGAGGAGUAACAAGGCAUCACCAACAUGGAAGAUGGCAAGCUAGGAUCGGAAGAGUCGCCGGUAACAAAGACCUCUACUUAGGAACUUUUGGUACACAAGAAGAGGCUGCAGAGGCAUACGACAUUGCAGCCAUCAAAUUUAGAGGAUUAAGCGCAGUGACUAACUUCGAAAUGAGUAGAUACAACGUUAACGCAAUCCUCGAAAGCCUGAGCCUUCCUAUUGGUAGCGCUGCAAAACGUCUCAAGGAGGUUAACCAUUCGGUUCCAAGUAUGAUGAUCGGUAAUAACGUUUCAGAGAGUGAAAAUAAUACUAGCAGUUUGCGAAACUCUGCGCAUCAGCAUCAUCAUGGAAUUGAUUUGAGCUUAUUACAGCAACAUCAAGAGAGGUACAAUAAUUAUCACGAUGGAGGGAACUUGUCUCCGGAGAGUGCUAGUGCUAGUGCUUGUUUCAAACAAGAGGAAAAGCAGCACCGUUUCUUAAGCAACUCGCCGAGACUCAUGGCUAAUACCGGUCAUUGUAGUUCUGAUUGGGAUGAUUCGGUUACUGUUUGUGGAAAUGUCGUUGACUAUGGUGGUUAUCAAGGACUUGCAGUCCCGGUCGGAACAUCUGCUAACUGCGAUGCCAUGGCCGCUGCGGAGAUUGCUUAUGACGAAAGUAACCAUUAUUAUUUUGCUCAGCAACUGCAUCAGCAGCAAGUAGAUUUUCCAGGGGCAGUUUCGAAUAAUAUUGGCUCAAAUAUGUACUUUCAUGGGGAAGGUGAUGGAGAGGGGGCUACAGAAUUGGAACGACACUUAGAAAAAUAGUUAAAGAUCUUUAAUUAGUUGAGUUUGCUUUGUGUGUUGUGAACAUUUUGAUUCUGUUUUACUUCUUUUUCUUUUUCUCUUAUGGUUAGUUUCUUAUGAAAAUUUGGAUAAAUUUUAUGAAGUAUCAUUCUUUAUAGUU